AGUUAACUCAUUUUAAAAUAUGAAAAUUUACAUAAUAUUGCUGGUGAUAUCGCUGUCCGCCCUUUCCGAGGCUGCGGGGCGUGGUCGGAGUCACAGUGUGACUUGGGGAGUCAGAACCUACAGGGACAUGCACUUACGGCGGGAGAUCAUAACGGAAAAGUCCAAGUUCCUGCGCGUGGUCACAAGGGACUAUGUGUUUAAUCAAAAAAAACUACCGCGCACCAUCACACAGAUAGUGAUUACGGAUCAAGUUAGGGACGGAAAUGGGGGCUAUGCAUACUUAACUGCUGGUGGACCGCAAAGCACUUUCGCUAAAAUCCAUUUGAAGAGUCAACGCAACGAAGGUUUUAGCUUCAUCAUCGACAUCUACGGCAUUUAAUCAGAAAUUUUCCUGCUUUUAAUGAUAUUCCACUCCAUGCUACGCUUCCUACAGAUAGCUUGAUUAUUUAAUGGCCAGCACAUAUUUACAUACUGAAUAUAUAUCCGAAAGCGCA